AUGGCACACUCGGUUCACCGAGUGAAGGUUUUGACUGGUCAUGCAGCAGCUCUGCUGCCUACAGCUUGUGCAAGUGGAGAUGAUGGGGAUGUGGACCUGGACGGCCUUGCUUAUGGAUUCAUGGCUUCGCAGGCUCUCUUUGCUGGGCUGGAGCUCGGCGUGUUCGAUCAGCUGGCACAGGGUCCGCAAAGUGCCUCCGAUCUGGCCAAGGGCCUUGGAAUUCCCGGCAAUCGGAUCCAGACGUUGCUGACAGCACUGGUGGCGGCAAAGUGCCUACGCCGAGACGAAUCCCAUCUCUACCGGAACUCGCCCAACGUCCAAAAGUACAUGGUGACAUCUUCCAAGGCAUACUACGGCGACUACUUCAAGUACCAAGUGGCAGGUCUGUUCUAUGCCCGAAUGGGGCAGCUUGCAAGCGUGUUGAGAGGAGAAGAGGUGCUCAACUACUCCACGUGGUUCUCGGACCCUGCUGUAGCAUCCCUCUACACUUCCGCUCAACACAAUGGUAGCCUAGCCACAGCGAGGUCACUUUUCAAGAAGGUGUCCCUUGCGGGAGUCGGUCGGAUGCUUGACAUCGGUGGAGGCAGCGGAGCCUUCUCCUUGCAGGCUGCGCGUGGGAACCCCCAGUUGAGAGCCACCGUGCUGGAGCUUCCGGAAGUGUGCCGUGUUGGGAGAGAGAUGAUGCAGGAGGCACCGGAAGAUGAGAGGGCAAGAGUCAACUUCAAGGAGCUGGAUGCCACUUCACCCACCUGGCCCGUCGAGCCGGAGUCUCAAGAUCUGACUCUCAUGUCCUACCUCUGUGGCUCGGUGCCCGAGGCUACCAUCGCAGAGCUCUGCGAGAAUUGCUUCUAG